UGCAGGAUGUGGACCUGAUAUACCUGGCCAAUGUCACUCAUGGCUUCUCUGGAGCUGACUUGACCGAGAUCUGUCAGCGCGCGUGUAAACUAGCCAUCCGCCAGUCUAUAGAGGCAGAGAUACGACAUGAGAAGAUGAGGCAGGACAAUCCAGACGCUGAUAUGGAGGUAGAAGAGUAUGAUCCUGUGCCAGAGAUCGUCCGUGCCCACUUUGAGGAGGCAAUGAAGUUUGCCCGUCGGUCCGUCAGCGACAAUGACAUUCGCAAAUAUGAAAUGUUUGCACAAACCCUCCAACAGAGCAGAGGCUUUGGAGGAAACUUCAGGUUCCCAGGUUCCACAGGCGGUGGUCAGGGUCAAAACCAGGGUGGGGGCUCUGGGGGCCAGUUUGAGGAGGGAGAUGAUGACCUUUACAGUUAAACUCUGCCCGCCCCCUCACAUACAUCCAGUCAUAUCCACAUGGACUUUUCACUUACAACAUUAGACACUUACUUUCAAUAUUGUAGACUGAAAUUUUGCCUUUGUUGAUCAACCUCAGUUUGUUUUUUCACUUAGUGGAUAUCAUUUUGUGAACAAUAUUAGUGGUGAUUUUAUUUUAGGUUGUUUAAAAAAAAUGUGCUUCUUAUAAAAAUCAUUCCCUUAUAUUGUAAACCAAAAAAAGCAUUUUCUCUAAAAAGUAACAAACUAGACAGAUGGGAAGUAUAGUUAUAAGUGCUGUUUUUCAUCUAACAUUAUGUGUUUUCUAUUGUUUAAAUUAUCAUAAUUUAUGUGUGUAUAUUUGUGAACAUUGUUACUGUUCUUGUCUAAGCUGGCUGAAGUUAUGAAGGGAUGGAAGACGGACAAAGGUUUAUUCUAUUCCUGCCAUUAUACAACACAAAUGACAAGCAUAUAUAAGACUUAUGCAUUGGUUCUAAACUUGGUUGAAGAGAAGAAUUUAUUUAUUGGUAUAUUUAGCAACAUUGUGUCAAUAAAGAUCAAACAUUA